CCAUGUGGCUUUUUACGUGUUUGAAGUUUUUUAGCUUGAAGUUUCUCUCCGGUUUUAUCCCUUAUUUGUGGCUAAUAACUGUUCCACUGUAUGGCUCUUUCUUCGGAACGGAACCAAUUAUCAGAAUAUCGCUGCAAAUGAUACUACAUAGUCUCAUUUUGCAGUUAUUACCAGAUAUUUGGAGUGCCCUCCUUCCUUAUGCUCAAGUGUUCCUUUUCCUUGGCCUCAUGUGCCUACCUGUCAAUUUGAUACCACACCCCCUGGUCUGGGUGUAUGACAAGAUCUUGUGGAGUUCGGAGCCACUGUGGUUAGCUGUGGAAGCAGCCGAACUUGUUGGUUUGUGUAUGAUUCUCAGUCAGAAACUUCAGGAUAAAAUAGAUGAACGACCAAAAGUCUACAAAAGUACCAUUCUGAUGGUGUCUGGUUGCUGCUACCUUGGAUCAGUGUUUCUUGGUCUCCUGGUGCUGAGCUAUGGCACCUUUGCUGCAAAGUGGUUGAUUCUGGUGCUCAUUGCCAUUGGUAUUUUCAUCCAUGCCUGUAGUAUCUACCUUGACGAAGGUAUAAUUUCUGAUGCUUCCAUGGUGACCAUGCUGAUGUUUGGUGUCCUCUAUGCGAUGACCACAGAAACAUACAGUGCCAAUCACCCCAUAGAAACACCGCCAGAUUCUAAAACAUCACUGCACCUGUCCUUCUUCAAGCUGUUUUUCUCUGUGACAUCUGAUAAGGCUGAUCAUGGGUCUCGUGCGUUUCAAUUCCUGCUGAAAAUACUCUCGCCAACAUUUCUCAUCAUGGUCGUCGUGCGCCUGUAUUGUAUGCUGUCUUUCAUGAAAAAUAUGGUCGAUUGGAGCAAUAGGGAUGAUAGGGAUGAUAAGAACUAUGUCGACAUCGAAGAUGACUGUUCCCCAUCACUUGUGCCAGUUCAGUCGCCAUUCAUCAUUCGACUUGCAUUUAUAUUCGUCGUGACCCAGGUUGUUACCAAUCAUAUUCAUCGUAUGACUGCGGAUGAUACAUCGUGGAUGUCUUGGUAUCCAGAGUUUCUUUACAAGGACAUUAUAUUGGGACGAGUCAUUCAGAUUGGGCUGAUGGCUGCUUUGUAUCUCUACCAGCUCUACAGUAGUGAGAAUAACGAUGAGUGGUGGAACAAAUGAGUGGUGUUUGUUUUAUUCUUGGCGGACGAGGACUUAAUCUUCUGUUCUGUGAGUGAUUCUUGAUAUUGAUCAAACCAACAAUAAUGGUUUGAUGAUGAUCAGGUACCGGUUAUCAUUAUGACAUUGUAAAUCGGUGCCAAAAAAUCUCUUCCUGCAUGCUGAAUAAAGGAUAAGCUAGGUUGAUUGCACAGACGUGCUAUUAGCAAAGCUUGCAUUCUUUAUGA